AUGGACUUCAUGGGUGAGGCUGAUUGUCUGCUGUUCAACUACUUUAUGCAGGCGCUACCCAUGCAGUAUCAGUCCCGGUUGAUUUCUGACGGCAUUGCGUCGUUUGACACCGCACUGGUCGCAGUCCGCAACAUGUGUUGCGCGGCACGGCUGAACGUGAGUCAGCCUGCGCCGGUCCGGCAGGUCCAGUCUGAGAGCGACGUGCUCCGUCAGAGGGUCGAGGAGUUGGAGAAGGAAAAUGUGACAACCCAGCCGGUGACGAUUCCAAAGCGUUCAGAGGUCGGCCGGCUGGAGGUCGGUAUCGCAGAGUGUCCGCUGUCGGGCGAUCAGACCGCUGAGCGGGAUUGGCGUGAUCGGCUCGACCUGUCCGGUAGUGAUCUUUCCGACCAACAGCGUGCCGCGCUCACUUCUCUGCUCGCUCGAACCACGGAGCCUACUGGAGAUUCGUCUGGAUCAGGAGAUCCCACCGUGGUUCCAGCCGCUGAUCAGGCAGAGCCUGUACCCAGUGCGGCUGCUACAAUCAGCGGCGUCACUCGCCCGGAGCCUGGACAGACAAGUGCCUCGUCCAAGCCAACGCCUCUCACCAUGCCAGAACCAGACAGCAGCGCUGCUACAGAUGAGCCGGUCUCUCUGCCACCUCCCUCUGUCUCUGCCAGGCAGAACAAGGACAACAAGAAGCCGGAAGGAAGCCAGCCACUGCUGCCAGCGAGUACCGAAACUGACGUGGCCCGCUCUCUCGAUUUGGACCGUCUGGCACGUGCUAUCGUCUCCCAUAUGCAUCAGCGUUCUGGUCCUGGCCAACAGACCGACACAGACGACAGUGGCAAUGAGGCGGGAGAGCACAGGGCGCCCGCUGACCCUAAACCGAAGGGCCAGAAGCAGCGUCUUGACCUGCCAUCUCGUCCCACCGGGAGAGAUCCAGUCCGCAGAAGGCGAUUCUUCCGCCCUAGACAAGAGCACCAACAGCAAGGGAAGCAGUUCCAGCGCCAGGCGACCAGCAGAGAGGCGUCAGUUCAUGGCUUUACGACCCAGCGUAACUCUCAGCCGCCGUAUCCGUGGCAGCAACGCGUAGCCGAGGCUCCUCUUCAGCAGUCUCGGCCACCACCGGCUGGUCUUCAGCCAAUGGUAUGGGGUCGUCAGUCAACGGCUCCACCGCAACCUGAAGUUGGUCAGUGGCAAGGUGCAUACAGGUACCAGCAGCCAGGAACCCCAUGGCUGGAGCCCCAGAACAACGAGCAGUUCUCUCAGCCUCCUCCUCCUCAGAUGGUGAACAUCCACCUUCAGCCAAGGCCGCAGACCAUGAGCCAGAUGUCACAGCUCUCAUCAACUCUGCAGCAGACGCAGCCAAUGCUACAGCAGCUUCAGCUGCAGCAGCAAGGUACAGUGCUCCCAUCGGUGCCGCCGCCUCAGUAUCUGCACCGGGAGCAGCAGCACUUGCUGCAGCAGCAGCAGCAACACCUCGGGAGCAGCAUCUGCAGCAGCCCCCUGCACAUGCGUCUACUGGUGAACUACAACCGCUGCGUAGUCAGCACCAGUAAGGCGGUGCCAGAAGGCGGCGGGGAGUGCAUUUUCACCGGCUCGCACGGUGUUAAACUGGAGCUGUGA